AUGAUGCUCAACUGGAAGCUGCUGGGGCUCCUGGUCCUUUGCCUGUGUGCUGGAGGCACCUCAGGCAGUGAGGACCCCUCUCCCAGACCCACAGAAGCCCAAGAAGAAGAGGACUCCUCAGCAUUGCCACUGGGCCCCCCAAUCCCUGGUGACCCCUGGCCAGGAGCACCUCCUCUGUUUGAUGAGCCUCCACCUCCAGGCCCCAACCGCCCCUGGAGAGAUCUGCCUAACGCCGGUGCCUGGCCCCCAGAGCCCCCUAGCACUGAUCCUCCUCAGCCUCCUCUGCCUGAUGACCCCUGGCCAGCAGGAACCCAGCCCCCAGAAAACCCCUGGCCACCUGCCCCUGAAAUGGACCACGGAUCUCAGGAGGAACCCGACCUCGACCCGCCCCAGGAAGAGUUCAGAUAGGGAGGAGACUCAGGGAGCUCGAGCCUCCUCAGAGCACACCCAACCCCACCUCUGCUCCCUGCCUCCUAAUCUCUUAGCUCCCUAAGUCUCUGGUUGGAUUGUGUGCAGGUGUCUCUGUUCUACCACCUCCCCUUGACCUUGACCUCCAUGUCCAGCCCCUCUCCUUCACCUUGACCUCCAUGUCCAGCCCCUCUCCUUCACCUUGACCUCCAUGUCCAGCCCCCCCUUCAGCUUGACCUCCGUGUCCAGUCCAGCCCCUCUCCUUCACAUUGACCUCCAUAUCCAGCACCUCUCCUUCACCUUGACCUCCAUGUCCAGCCCCUUGACCUUCACCUCCAUGUCCAGUCCCUCUCCUUCACUUUGACCUCCAUGUCCAGCCCCUCCCCCUUCACCUUGAUCUCCUGUUCAGCCCCACCCCCCUCACCUUGACCUCCUUAUUCAGCUGCUCUGCUCUGUCAGAAUAACUUAAAGCACAUUCCUACCUCACCCAACCUGUUCCUGCUUCCUCUUCCCAGGGCGUCUAGAACUCCACCUCCUGGGAGGGCCUGAG